AUGAGCAGACGGAAGUGUUGGAUUUGCAAGAUGUGCAGAGAUGAAUCUAAGAGACUUCCUUCAAACAAUUCAAUUUCUCAGAUAUGCCAAGAGACUUUCCAGUCACCAAAAGAAGUUCUGAGAGUGCUCAUCUUCAAUACUGAGAAUAUUUGGCCCUCCCAAAGAUUCGCAUUAAUGUGUUUUUGUGAGAGCUUGCCUAACCCUCUUCUACAAAAUAGUGCUUCAAUCAGAAAAGCUCUUUUCACAUAUGGUCCAGUAGUCUAUGCAGCGUACUUAAAGAUGGAGCACAGUGACGAGAAUAUUAAAUUCUGGAUGGCAUGUGAAACCUAUAAGAAAAUUGCCUCACGGCGGAGCAGAAUUUCUAGGGCAAAAAAGCUUUAUAAGAUUUACAUCCAGCCACAGUCCCCUAGAGAGAUUAACAUUGACAGUUCAACAAGAGAAACUAUCGUCAGGAAUAUUCAAGAACCCACUCAAACGUGUUUUGAAGAGGCUCAAAGGAUAGUGUAUAUGCACAUGGAAAGGGAUUCCUAUCCCAGAUUUGUAAAGUCAGAAAUGUACCAGAAACUUUUGAAGACUAUUCAGCCCAACAACAAUUCCUAA